UCCAACUGUAAAUGUCAAAGAAAUUUUAAAAGUCCUUGCAAAAAAUUAAUUCCUGGCUUAAAUAUCUCAAAAUAAGAAAAUUAUAAACAUUUAGUAACUUGGUAUGUAACAUUUAGUGAUCCUGUCAUUAUGGAAAAUGCAGAUAAUGAAACGGCUGACAGUGAGGAAGUGAAAUCGAGGGCUGUCGUAAAAUAUUCCGUACCAAAACCAGCUCAAUUCAUUAGAUUGAAAUGUAACACUGACUUAAAUCUACCACCUUCAAAUUGGUUAAGUAGUUCAGCGGACUCUUAUGGCUUGCAGCAUGUGCUUUACCAUCAGAAAGGAUUUUCAAGUUUCAGAAUGGCUCACAUGUUUCCUGACUGUGUGGGAGAAGUAGACGUGGUUUCUGAUGCAGAAAACAUAAAAAACCUUCUCAAAAUACCUUACUGUAAAAAUCACAUCAGUAUGAUGGUUCACAGAGUUGAAAACACUCUUCUACUUGAUGAUUUUGACAUUUAUAAACAUUUAUUGAGAACUUCUGAAACUGAAUGGAAAUGGUUGAGAGAGUUCUUUUUUGAAAAUGUCAAUCACGAGACUUAUGAAGAGGAUAAGAAUAUGUACAUCAAAAAUAGGAGAAGGGAAACUUUACAACAGAAAAGCUUAGUUUCUAAAUUUCUUUAUCACAGUUUGGCUGAAGGUGAUACGAAUGAAAGUACGUGUUAUGAGGAUCCAAAAACCCUUCCUGUACCGCUACAUGGACCUCAAUUACCUGAACCAGUCUCUGCAACACCAGAUCCUAAACCUUUUGAUCAUAAUUAUAACAGGAAUGUUGUUUGGACUUUUGAAGACAUUGAAAUGCUGAUAGGUACGGAUUUGCCAAUAUUUGGUGGUGGAACUCACCCUUGCAUCUCAUUGCGCCUCCGAGACGUCAGCAAACCAAUUAACGUGCUAACAGGCAUCGAUUAUUGGUUAGAUAAUUUAAUGUCGAACGUUCCAGAAGUCGUAAUGUGUUAUCACUUGAACGGCAUUGUCCAAAAAUACGAACUUAUUAAAACCGAAGACUUACCUCGCUUAGACAAUUCAAAAUUUUCCCCUAAAUUAAUACGAGAUGUUGCUCAAAGCAUUUUAUCAUUUCUCAAAUCAAAUGCGACUAAAGCCGGCCACACUUAUUGGCUAUUUAAAGGAAAAGACGAAGAGGUUGUGAAAUUAUACGACUUGACUUCACUUUGCACAGAAAAAGAUGUAGAAAAUGGUCAAAAUCCUUUCACAAUACCUGUUGGUAUGCUACUGUACAGGGUGGCGCGUAAUAUGAAACAUACAUCGGAUCGGCAACCUGGCACAAUCCGAAUGUUGUUGAAAAACUGUGUUAAGUUACUACCGGAAGAGAAGUACCCGGAAGUGGUGACUUCGUCGCAUUACAUGUUGGCGGAUUUGUACGUCCCGGCGGGGACCAAUCCGGAAGCGCCAGGUUUAGAACAUGAAGUUGACGAAAAUGAUGUUGAGUUUGACGAUGACGAUUUGAUCGACGAUAAGGAGUCAGCUACAAAAAUUCUUGUUUUGGAUCAGUGUGACUCUAGGGAAAAAUUUGUAAAUUAUUAUAAGUCACCACCGCCGAUUAUGGGAACAGUUGAAGAGCGGUGUCUACAAGCCGUCCAUCAUGUCGCAACUGGACUUAAUUGUUUGCAGUACUUCCAACAUCAAACUAGUAACAGUAGUAAAACAGAGGAGGAGGAGGAAGUUCCUAUUGCUAAACCUUUUGAACCGAUUCCGAUGCCUUACGCGAAACUUGAUGAAUCGUCUGAGAGUCAGAAGAAACCAAAGAAGAGGGACAAGAGGAAGAAAAAUGAUAAGAAUGAAAAAAGCGAAAAUGCCUUACUUUUGAAAAACAAUAACGAAGCUCAGCCUUUACCAACUUGGCAAAAUGGUACCGGAAACAUCUCAUGGAAGGACCAUUUGAAGACUUUACUUUAUGAAAAAGCUGUUCUUGUUUAUGCUAUUUUGUCGGAACAACAUUUCGGCGCGAGGAACUACGGGAAUAGUUUGAGGACAAUAGGGUUGUUGGCUAGGUGUCAAUUGAUAAUGAACCGUCUUCUUUACAAUUCCAAUGCUUUGAAAGAGAACUGUUUGUUGGGCAGAGCCGGCGAUUGCUGUAUUAUGAUGAUUCAAAAUUGGGAUAAAGUUGAUAUCUACCGGCAGCAGUUCCAAAACAACUCCGACGAGGACUUGAAAUUAAUGGAGCGACUCGAAAAAGACGAGCAAUUGUACAACAUCCACAUCGGGGAGUCUAACAUGAAGUGCGUUUUUAUUUACGAUAUUCGCACAAUCGAACAAAUGCUUCUCAAAGGUGUAGAGUGUUACGAAGUAGCGUUGAAAUCAAGCGAAAAUGACAGUAUUUUACGCCGAUUGGGUAAUAGUUUGAACGAAGUCGCAUCGUUUUAUUUGAAUAAAGCCAAAUCUGCGAAAACUAGCGAACUUACUGUCGAAAUGUGCAAAAAGGCUGAACCGUACUUAACUCGAGGAUUGACAGUUUUCGAGAAGGUCAAAGAUGAGGCUAAUAUUGCACUUUUAUACACAAAUAUGGGUCACAUGCACCGCCUUUUAGCCCAUGCUAACACGCCAGAUAAUCGCGGCGAGUUGAGUCAAAAAGAAAAGUUGCACUAUAAUAAGGCAUUUAUUAAUUAUAAGAAAGCGUUGCAAGUUUUGGGUGAGCGAAAACACUGUCCUGGGAUUUGGGAUGCCGUCAGGUGGGAACUGUCGACAGCGUUUUUCAACAUGGGGACCAUCAUGCACGAGAAUCCGCCCUCCAAUCUCACGAAAGCCGAGGCGGAGAAGGAGGUCAUUGAGGUGCUACAAAAAGCGCUUCUAUAUUGCGACUUUGAUGAGGAAAAUCCGAAGUAUCCAUUAUAUCAAUAUCGAGCGGCAAUGAUUCAUUACCGGAUCGGUUGUCUCUACCACAGUCACAUCUGGACGGCAGAUUCCGAUUCAACUAACAGAAAAAACAUUAUACAAUUAGCGAAAAUUAAUUACGAGAAAGCUUCCAAAUAUUAUCUUCUAGCAUCAGAUGCAAUUAGUUACUUCACGUCGCAAAUGCAAAGAGUCGCACUGUUUGAAUAUCUCGGAGAUACUGUUAACGCUCCGAAUAUCAAGAUUAAGCAUCUGCAGUACUGUUUGAGUGUGUUUAUCGAGAUCAACGAAAUGGUUAAGCUUGUGGUUGAAAGGAAAGUUGAUAUACCGGAGGAAGGAGAUGAAGAGAAAGAAGGGUUUAAAAGUUGCUACUCUUUGUUGAAUCUUAUAAAGCAACGAUUACAGCACGUACUUAAAAUGUUGGUUAAGUUAUGUUUGACGAAACCUCCAGUUAACAAAGACUGUCCUAAAUUAGGAGAAGUUUACAAAAGUUGUUACAUGAUAACGUUUGACUUGAAAGAUGGAGUUAAAUGUGAUGAGUUCUUGAAAAAAUUGCACUUUGUUCUUGUACAAAUUAGCGACAAGAUCGCUGAAUUUAACAAAACUUUUGAUUAACUGUAGUAAUUUUAUUUUUAAUUACAGUUAUGUUUUAAGUCCAAACUUGUUUAACUAUUAAACUCAUAGACUGAUUGUAAUUACUAGUAAGGUCCCCUUCAGAACACUUUGUUUCUUUAAGCAUUUUGCCUUGCUUUUAAGGUAGGUAUAUUUAAAAAAUUAAUAUUUUUCAAAGAUUUCGAGGUAUAUUUAAAAAGCAGGUAUUUCAAGGAUUGUGUCUUCUUUUAUAAGGUAGAAGGCAUGCUAUACAAACUCAUCUAGAUAACGAUUUUGAAAGAAAAUUCAUGUAAAUUAUUAAUAAAUUAGGAUUAUUUGCGAUUUUGCACACAAUUACAAUAAUGGAAAUGCUAACUUUUCUGCACCAGAUUUGGUUUUAUUCUUAACAGGUAAAACGGAGUAAAACCUUUUGGUAGUAAAAUUGCACAUUUUAUUAAUCCAUACCAUUUUGAAUUAUACGUAGGAGGUUUGAAUAUUUUAGUAGGAUGUUAAAACAUUGUACCUGUUGGAUAUAAACUGCAAAUAUCUAUAUAGGUAGUUCUAUAUGCUAAUCCUUUAUUGUUGCUAUAACAGAGUAAAAUCGCAUUUAAUCCUAAUUUAUUAAUAAAUACAGUUUUUACAUCAAUUUUCUUUUAAAAUCGUUAUCUAGAUGAGCAUGGUAUAGCAUGCUUUUUACCUUAUAAAACAGGACACAAUCCUUGAAAUACCUGAUUUUUAAAUAUAUCUUUAAAAUUAGGGGUAAAUCUUUGAAAAAUAUUAAUUUUUUGAAUACACCUUAAAAGCAAGGCAAAAUGCUUAAAAAAACAAAGUGUUCUGAAGGGGUCUUACUAGUAGUAUUGUAGAAGAAUUCAGUCGGCUGUUAGUGUUGGAAUGAGAUUUAAGUUCUGUGUGUACCUGUUGUGUGUACUUUAAGUUGAGAUGUGGUUAUUUGUAGUUUUUUUACCAUCAUUUUGGUGAGAAUUUUUUCUUUACAUCAUUUGUAUUGCUUUUUGUUUGAAACGUAAAAGUGAAUAUGUGAUCUAAUCAAACUGUCGUGGUCGAUUCAAUCUACAUUUCUGUGAUAGGUCAGUGUAUUCUAAAUAAAGUAAACAAUUUUUAUGUGUUAAUAUUUGUUUUUCUAUAUCUAAUAAAAAUACGUUGUCUGCUUUCUAA